GAGGGGUGUUACAGGAAAGCCUUCAAUAGGGGGGGUGCAGAUUCUCAAUGGAAUGGCCCAAUGCAUCAAUGUAAAAAAAUCAGUCAAGAAAGAUUAUUUACACUGGAAACAAAAGUAAGCCUCCUUAAACUAUGACUUAAAGAUGGAGCUUGGACAAACUCUAACAUGAGUUGGUGAAGGCUAGUGCCAGUACCAAACGGGACUAAUCUAAGAUGGCGGAUGAAAGUUGCUCAAAACGGUUCAAGAGGUCUGAUGGUGUUAAAAUGGUGACUUGUCAAGCCCCAGUCAAUAUUGCCAUCAUAAAAUACUGGGGAAAAAGAAACGAACAGCUUAUUCUACCUUUAAAUUCUUCACUUAGUGUAACUCUUGAUAAGAAAGAGCUACAUUCUUCUACAACUGUUGCUGUUAGUGGGGAUUUUCCUGAAGAUUGUCUUUGGCUCAAUGGAAGGAAGCAUAACAUCGCUGAAAUACCACGCAUUCAAAAGUGUUUAGCAGCAAUGAGGAAGCUGUCACAUAAUGAGUCUCUUAGGGAGUGUUGUAUUCAUAUUUGCUCACAGAACAACUUCCCUACUGCUGCAGGCCUGGCUUCAUCAGCUGCUGGAUAUUCCUGCCUCGUUUUUGCUCUGUCAAGAUUACUUCAAGUUAAAGGUGAUUUGUCAAGAAUAGCAAGGCAAGGGUCAGGAAGUGCUUGCCGCAGUGUGUAUGGAGGGUUUGUUGAGUGGGAAAAAGGUGAAAAAGAGGAUGGAUCAGACAGCAUUGCUAAGCAGAUUGCUGCCAAAGAUCACUGGCCAGAAUUAAGGGUACUCAUUCUGGUGGUCAAUGAACUCAAAAAAGGCACAAGUAGUACUGAUGGAAUGAAGAGAAGUGUAGAAACCAGUGAUUUACUUAAGUUUAGAUCUGAGUUUUGUGUUCCUGAGAGAUUGAAGGUAAUGAAGAAAGCAAUCUUGGAAAGAGAUUUUGAGACAUUUGCAAAAACUACAAUGAAGGAAAGCAAUCAGCUGCACGCAGUGUGCCAGGACACCUACCCUCCCAUAACACCACCAUACAUGAAUCAGACCUCACACGGUGUAGUGCAGCUGGUUACCCUGUGCAACAACUUCUAUGGUCAAAUUAAGGUUGCCUACACAUUUGAUGCCGGACCUAAUGCGUUCUUGUUUUUGAUGGAAAAAGAUAUUGCAGAAAUUCUGUCGCUUAUUAGGCACUUCUUUCCUCCAGAAACUGACAGAGGAUUUAUUCAAGGACUGGAAAUAAAAUCUCAAACUGAAUUAAACAAGAAUCUUCUGAAGUCGAUUACUAUUGAACCAUCUCCAGGAGCUGUAAAGUACGUGAUUUCAACAAAGGUUGGCAGUGGCCCAAGUGAACUUGGCCAAGAAUUUAGCCUUCUCGAUGAAAAUGGGCUGCCCAAAUCCUACUGGUAAUACUGUCCACUGACG